AUGCCUCUCAUCCUCAAUUGCCAUUGUGACUCCUCAUUGUUUGUCAAGAAGACUGCAGCCUCCAUUACCAUUCUUCUCAUUUAUGUUAAUGAUGUAUUGUUAACUGGCAAUGAUCCCUCUUAUCUAGCUACUUUGCAAAAGUAUGCUUCUGAGUUACUUGCUAAGGCUGGUAUGGCUGACUGCAAGCCAUACUCUUCUCCCAUGGCUUUCAAACCUACUUCCUCUUCUCACAAUAAUGAUUUACCUUUUUCCAAUCCUUCUCUCUACAGAAGUAUUGUUGGAGGUCUUCAAUACCUCACAAUCACCAGACCAGAUCUUGCUUUUGCUGUGAAUUUUGCUUGCCAAUACAUGCACCAACCUCUUGUUCGUCAUUUUGUUAUGGUCAAAAGGCUUCUUAGAUAUCUCAAAGGCACCCUUGGUUAUGGUCUUCAAUUUAGCCUUGGUCCUCUUACACUUCAUGCUUUUUCAGACUCUAAUUGGGCUGGUGAUUCUCUGGAUAAGAGAUCCACUAUUGGGUUCUGUAUUUUCCUUGGCCCUAAUUUGGUGUCUUAG